AUGUUUUGCGAAAUACCACAAUUUGCAAGAUGCUGCUUCUGCAUGCCCUUGAGAAGGGGAGUCUUGGCGUUUGGAUACUUAAACAUAAUGUUCUCUGUACUAAUGAUAGGGCUAUACAGUUACGCGGUGCAUCUCGACGCGGGUGUCGUGCUGGUGUACCACGGCGUGUCUGCCAACGUCGAAGCAAAGCUGGGCAUCGCCUUAUACUGUGUCGAUAUUAUAUUUAACAUUGUAAUGGUGUAUGGAGCCCAUAAGAUAAUCGUAUCGUAUCUGAAAAUCUUCUACUAUUACACGAUCUCUACCACAGUUGCUUUGGUUAUACUGGAGCUGGUGUCUCUGAUUAAUUAUGGCUACUUGGACGACUUCGAGCUCAUGAGUUUGUUCUUUACAGGAUUAUGCCUUCAUGUCUACCUACUGUUCUUAGUGCGAAGUCUUCUGCUCAAGAUAAACAAUUCAGGACGCGCCUACGAGAAUCAACUCCAUCAGUUUGUCGACGGAGAGUUCAAAAUUGAAGGAAAUGGUAUAUAUCCCAGCACGGUUGUACCUAUUGAAAGUGUU